UCGGUAGUGGAGGAGAUGGAGAGAGGUUCCUUUGUCGCCAAUGUGGCAAAGGCCCUGCACCUGGAGGCGGGGGAGCUAUCAAAUCGGAGGGGCAGAGUCGUUUUCAAAGGGAACAAAGAUUAUUUACAGCUACACCCUAAAACCGGGGAUCUUCUCCUGAGAGAGAAACUGGAUCGGGAGGAGCUGUGUGGCCCCGCCGAGCUCUGUAUGCUGCCUUUCCAGAUCUUACUGGAAAGACCCUUUCAGAUUGUACGUGCUGAGCUGAUAGUGGAAGACAUUAAUGACCAUUCACCAAUGUUCCUAAACAAUGAGAUGGUGCUGAAAAUCCCUGAGAACACCUCUCCUGGAACUGUAUUUGUACUAGAAAAUGCACAGGAUUUAGAUGUAGGAAACAACAGUCUCCAAAACUACACAAUCAGUCCCAACUCCCAUUUCCACAUUCAAAUUCGAGGGGACGCAGAGGGCAGGAAAUACCCAGAGCUUGUACUGGAUAAAGCCCUGGAUCGGGAGGAGCAACCUGAGGUAAUUUUAACCCUCACUGCGCUUGAUGGGGAAUCUCCACCCAGGUCUGGAACUGCCCAAGUCCGAGUCCUUGUAGUAGAUAUCAAUGACAAUGCACCUGUGUUUGCCCAGCCGCGUUAUGAGGUUCAGAUCCCUGAGAAUAGCUCCAUUGGAUCCCGAGUUGUCACAGUCUCAGCGACAGAUUUAGACGCAGGAAAUAAUGCCGAUAUAUCCUAUACAUUUUUGCAUGCCUCUGAAAACAUUCGUAAAACGUUUCAACUGUCAGAGAAAUCUGGGGAACUUUAUCUAAAGGAAAAAGUAGAUUUUGAAUUAAUUCAGUCUUACACCAUCAACAUUCAGGCCACAGAUGGUGGAAGCCUUUCUGGGAAAUGUACUAUUAUUGUUCAGGUGAUGGAUCUAAACGACAAUCCUCCUGAAUUGACAAUAUCUUCACUUACCAGUCCCAUCCCAGAGAAUUCUCCUGAAACUGUGGUAGCUGUCUUCAGAGUUUCAGAUCUGGACUCUGGGGAAAAUGGAAGGGUGGUUUGCUCCAUUCAGGACGAUCUUCCUUUUGCCCUGAAACCCUCCAUUGAGAACUUCUAUACAUUGGUAACAGAAGGAGCACUAGAUAGAGAGAGAAAGGCCAAGUACAACAUCACUAUUACAGUGAUGGAUUUCGGUUCCCCAAGGCUGAAAUCUGAGCACUAUAUCCCAGUGUCCAUCUCUGAUGUCAAUGACAAUCCCCCAGUGUUUGCUCAGAGAGCCUACAAACUGUAUUUCAGGGAGAACAACAGCCCUGCCCUCCACAUUGGCAGUGUCAGUGCCAGUGACAGGGACUCAGGUAUCAAUGCCAAAGUCACUUACUCUCUGCUGCCUCCAGAGACUGGAGACCUGCCCCUCUUCUCCUACAUCUCCAUCAACUCAGACAAUGGACAUCUCUAUGCUCUCAGAUCCCUGGAUUAUGAAGCCAUUCAAGGUUUCCAUUUCACUGUGAGAGCAGCUGAUGGUGGUUCCCCAUCACUGAGCAGCCAGGUUCUGGUUCAGGUUUUGGUAGAAGAUGAGAAUGACAACUCUCCCUUUGUGCUGUACCCCCUGCAGAAUGGAACAGCUCCCUGCAAUGACCUGGUGCCCAGAGCUGCAGAGCCAGGUUACCUGGUGACCAAGGUGGUGGCUGUGGAUAGGGACUGGGGACAGAAUUCUUGGCUUUCCUACCAGCUUCUCAAGGCCACAGACCCAGGACUCUUCACUUUGUUGGCCCACAGUGGGGAAGUUCAUACAGCAAGGCCCAUCAGUGACAGAGAUGCCAUCAAGCAGAGGCUCCUGGUGCUAGUGAAGGACAAUGGGCAGCCACCUCUAUCCACAAUGGCCACACUGAAUGUGCUCCUGGUGGAUGGCUUCUCUGAGCCCUACAUUCAGCUUCCAGAUGCAACCGAGGAGGAGGUGCAGACUGACUCCCUUACCACCUACCUAGUCAUUUCUCUGGCCUCUGUCUCCUUUCUCUUCCUGGUCUCUGUUAUUAUGUUCAUUGCUUUUAGCCUGUGGAAGAGGAAAAGGGGUGCUAGUGAUGGUGGUCGAUUUGAUCCAAAUGGUCCUUUCCCAGGCUACUUGGUGGAUGUCAGUGGGACAGGGACCUUGUCCCAGAACUACCAUUAUGAGAUGUGUCUGACCAGUGGCUCAGGCACCAAUGAGUUCAAGUUCCUGAAGCCCAUUAAUCCCACCCUUCCUCCUACUCAUGCAAGUGAGAAAGACUCCACUGAGAACCCAAACUUAAGGAAUAGCUUUUGCUUCAAUUAGGUUUGACA